AUGAGCCAGCAGGCACCAGAAGCUCCAGGGCGGACGCCUGAGGCGCCGCCAAAAUUCCCCGCGGAGGCGCAGAAACGCCUAAUGUACACGAGAGCCAAAGCAGAUAAAGCCCUCAAAGAUGUCAAGAGCCAGCUUUCUCCAGAGGCGGUUUUGCUGCCUAAUGGGGCUUCGGGGCCCCUCAGCGGCCUCCCAAAGGACCUGUGUGCACUUCCUGCAGGGGCACUCCAAGGACCAGCUCCAGGGCUCUCCCGUAUAGGCAGUCGCUACCCUUCGGAUACUCUUAGCUCUUCGGCACUAACGACGCCUCAGAUCUCCCUCACACCUUCUCAUGUUGCUGCUACCGCAGCACCAGCCCUGACAGCACCACCGACAGCAGCAAAGGUGACCGAAGCUGCAGCUGCCGCUGCCGUUGCUGCCAGCCUCAGCUGCAACAAUAUAUUCCCCUCCGUUUUCCCUGCGGCGGAGGGGAGUGACGACGUGCUGCUCCCCCAGCAGCAGCAACAGCAGCAGCAGGAGGACAGCUCCAUUGGUGGCUUAGCCAUAUCUGCUGCUGCAGUAGCUACUCGAGCUCUCAACUGUAACGGGUCUCCUAAGGAGGCCACUAUUGGAGUCCCCACACAGCCACUGCCUGUUGCUGCUAAACUCGUGGGGUCUCUGAAGGCUCCCACAGACUCUUUAGAGGUACUUGAACCCUUGCAGUCUUGGGGUCUCUCUACCGUUGGCUGUGGCGUGGCAGCAAAGAUAUCUAGGCUUUGUCAAGAGGAGCAGCAGCUUCUGCAGAAAGAACAACGGCAGGGUCAUAGCCAGGACCAACAGCAACCGCAGCGGCAGCAGCAAGACCUUCGGGUCUUAUCUGGUCUUUGGUAUAUGCAUGGCCCCUCCGAGCUACAGAACAUGGCCAAGGAUACUCUAUCGACAACACCAGCAGUAGACAGAGGGUCCACUGUUGCUGCUGCUGUUGUUUCUGCGUUUCCGGUCUCUUCGCCCCCGGCCGCCGUCCAUAUGGAGGGAUAUACAAUGAGUUCCACAGCGAAAAAUCUAACUAAUUAA